ACACAAGUUCAAAGUUCAUGCUAAACUGUGGACAUAUUGCUGUGCAGGAUGACAUGUGGGAGAGGAGAGCCAUUACGUGUCGUGCGUACCCUGAACUUAAGCACCUACAGAUGCAGCGGACGUUUGACUGGCAUGCUUAACUUUAGACAGCUUAGAAAAAUUGAAAACAUCCCAACCCGUUCGAAUGGAAAUCUGAACUUCUAAGACCUUAUCAUAAAGGUUUCAUCAAGAUGUCCGAUUCACACUUGACGAUAAACAAUAGGAGUGAAAAUCGACAGACCGCCAUUAGUGACCCAUCCAUCGAUGUUUCUAAAGGUGUAAUGUUCUUGCCAUGGGCGCUACUUACCGGCGAUUUCAAGAUGGAGGAAUGGUGUCCUGUGAGAAGACCUGUAGCGAAAACUGCGUACGAGAUCGCCACGAGAUUUCGCAGGUACUCAACGAGAGAGCAGAUUACGGCGUCGGCUCACGUUCGCAGACGACAAAAGCAGACGCGCUUCAAUGUCACCAAGCAACAGGGCUUGGUGGGCAGUGUUGUUUCCACUGAACACCUGGAGUACGACAAGGACGCUAUCCCUGAUGACUUCGAUUAUGAUGAGGAAGACGAGGGUGAGCGGUCGACGGAGCUGACCAACAGCCAGAACAUUUACCUGCAGGCAUGCAAGAUGAUGAACGUUUUGCCCAACAGCAUCAUCAUCAGGAACAUUUGCCUCACCACGGUGGAUGUCCGCAAUCAGCUGAUGGGGAGUCAAGGUGUCCGCGCGCUGUGCAUUGCUCUGAUGAAAAACACCACUGUGACGUCAAUAAAUCUUAUGGGAAACAACAUGGGGAUUGCGGGAGGCUCCUAUGUUGCUCAAGUGCUGAGGGAAAACACCUUCAUCCGAGAACUGAACCUGGCCAACAACAACCUGGGGAGGAAAGGCGUCAGCCCCAUCGCUAAAGCCAUACCUGAACUAGACGUGGUCACCAGCCUCAACCUUUCUGGAAAUAACUUAAAAGAAAACGAUGGCGUCAUAAUUCGAAAUCUCAUCGAGGAAUGCAGGCUAUUGAGAGUGCUGAACUUAAGUCAUAAUUGCUUUCGAGAAACAGGUGGAGUUGAGAUUGGGGAUGCAAUCGGUGGGUACGACUCAAUUGAAGUGCUGGACUUGAGCUGGAACCACUUGCGGCGGAACGGAGCGGUCGCCAUCGCCCGCGGCAUUGGGAACAGCAAUAGUUUGAGGGAGGUGAACCUGUCCUGGAACGGCUUCCACGUGGACGGCGGUAAAGAAAUGGGGAAAGCCCUGGAUAAGUGCUCGAGUCUGCAAGUGCUGGACCUAAGUGGCAACAGAAUCGAAGAAAGCUGUCUGGGUGACCUAAUGCACGGCUUGAAGAACAACUCAACCUUGAACGUGCUGAAGUUAGCCCACAAUCCUAUCACAACAAAGGGCGUUCACUUCCUGCUACAGAGUCUCUGUAACUUGAGCUCGACAGGUAUCACUGAGCUGGACCUCGGGGAACUGUCCGUGGAGGAGCAGUCCCUGGAACUCCUGAUAGUGUUGACAAGGGGCGAGACAUCAUGAUCCGGCAUGGCGCCUACCUCGGGCAAGAAGUUGACCUGAGGAAUCGUGAACUGGAGCUUUUGAACGAAGAUCCUUUGAUGGUGCUGUACCAAUAUGGCCUCCUCGUUGGACUAAGCCCCGUGAAUUUCUUCAUCCUGAUGCGCAAUAAAGACGAGAUAUUAACAAUUGAGGAUAUCCAAGAAGGACUCGAG